AUGAGAAUCCGAGUCCGUGGUCCUGAGGGCCAAUCCACAGUUAUCCUGGACGAUUCCGCUACCGUCGACAACCUCCGCACGCAGAUCACGGACAAGACAGGACUGACGGCAUUCGAUGUUAAAUAUGGAUAUCCCAACCUCAAACCGCUAGAGCUUGAAGGCUAUUCCGGGAGCCAGAAAGUUACGGAAAUUGGCAUUAAACUGAACGGCGAACAGCUCAUCGUCACCCGGCAGGAGGGCGCCCCCCAGCCAGCACCCAGUGGCGAGGAUACUACUGGAACACCAGCUGCUUCAUCUCGGAAUCCAGAUCGCCCUCUUUCUUUAUCGCGCAAGUCACAUGAGGACGUCUCAGAUGAUCCCCCAGAGAUACCGUCACCCGACCACUCGGGCACCUUCGUGCUCCGUAUCAUGCCCGAUGAUAAUUCAUGUCUCUUCCGCGCGAUAGGAAGUGCGAUUAUGGGAGGGAUGGACACUAUGAAUGAAUUGCGGUCAAUCGUUGCGCAGACAAUCCAAGCGAACUCGGAUAUGUACUCGGAGGCGGUUCUUGAGAAGAAGCCGGACGAUUAUUGCCGUUGGAUCCAAAACGAGGAUUCGUGGGGCGGAGGGAUCGAGCUCAGCAUUUUGAGCAAGCAUUUCGAUAUUGAGAUUUGUUCGAUUGAUGUGCAGACGCUCCGGGUGGACCGUUUUAACGAAGGCCCGCCGACCCGGUGUGUUCUGGUCUAUUCUGGGAUUCAUUAUGAUACUAUUGCCUUGUCGCCGUCAGAUGCUCCCUUUACCCAUACCUACGCCCCCCCCGACUUCGAUACAAAGGUAUUUGAUGCGGCCGACCCAGUGGUCCUAGGCAAAUCGUUGGAAGUGUGUCGGGUUUUGCAGGAGAAGCAUUACUACACAGACACCGCAGGUUUUCGCAUUCGCUGCAACACAUGCGGGGGCACGUUUACCGGGGAGAAAGGCGCAACACAACAUGCGGCGCAAACUGGGCAUUAUGACUUUGGCGAGGCCGGCUAA